AUGCCUUUCGACGUAUUCCAGCAAGUCUUCGGUCUUUCCAUGGCCUCGAAUGCGGUCAACAACUUCAAAGGCACCCAGACCAACCUCCAAGCCCGUCUCCAGGCUGUCCUUCCCGGUCUCCUUCCCCUUCUCGGCGAGUGGGCGGUCGUCUGGGGCCCUGUAGUAUGGAAAGUCAACCCUGAUAACGACAAGUCUGGCCCGGACAAUUCGUGGUACGUCGCGCACAACCCAGCCGUACGUUUUGAGGAUGGCACGAUCCGUCCAGCCUACGUCCUCGCUAUAGCAGGCACAGCCGAUUCCGAGUAUGACUGGCCUCACGAGAACUUUUGGGUGAACCAGGUUGCCGCGUUUGACAAGUGGGUUGCGGCCGGAAUCAAAAACGUUCCCGAACCUGUUCCUGGACCCGAAGUUGCACCAGGCGGGACGUACAUUGCGAUGGGGACCGUAAAUGCUGUACACACACUGCUCACUGUGGCACCGCCACCUGGUGCCGCUGCGGCAGGUAGCACUUUGAUCGACUUCUUUUCCGACUUACCGGCAACCUCGACUCGGAGAAUCCUGACAACGGGUCAUAGUCUCGGAGGGGCACUCUCCCCUACCAUAGCACUCGCCCUUGUCACAUCGGGCGUGCUUCAUCCACAGGAGGUGCUCACAUUCCCCACUGCAGGACCGAGUCCUGGAAAUCACGGCUUUACCGACCUCUUUAAUCAAACGUUUCCACAACGUUUGUGCGCAGAUGCUUCAGCCAGAGGAUACCAGGUGUGGAACCUCAAUAUCGCCAAUUCCAUCGACAUUGUUCCACAGGCGUGGUGCCACAUUUCUUCCGAGUCUCCAGCGCAAAAUCUCGAUAACAUACCGACCAUCUACGGCAAACCCGCACUUUCUGGAGUCAAUAUUGCUACGUUUUUGCUCAAAUUUCAGGCAGCGCGCUCAAAAACCGUGUAUAUUCCUCUCCAGAGCCACAUCGUGCCCGGGACACCUCCUAAAUCUCCACCGGGAACGAUGAAAGAAUUUUUGGCAGAAGCAUCAAAGCAGCAUGUGCAGUUUUACCUUGAUCUAUUUGGAAUUCAGCCGCCGCCGAGCACCCCCAACGAGGUACUACGACGAGAUGGACUUGUCUUGAAGUCAGGAAAAGAGGAGAUACGUGGAUACCCCGUAAUCGGAAGGAUUGAAUGGGUCAGGGAGCACCCAGAAGAAGCUAAGGCAGAGGUUGAUGCGGCCGAAGCUCGCGGUGAAGGUAAGCUGGAAAAUGAGUAG